GUUAAGUAAUUUAUAAAACAAUAUCAGAAAAUUACAAUGUCUACUUCUCACUGUUUAAAAGCGUAGCUUGACAACUUUCAAAAGUUAUCCCUAAUUAGUUGUAACAACAUACCGCUCUCCUUCGCUUUAUUCGCAGUGCCACUCAAAGUGAGCGCUAUCUCAGCAAGACGGUCAACAUUUAGCAAUAACAUUGCCGCACUUUCACAUUCAAGUAAAAUUAAUGUGUUAUACCUAUAAUUUGGCCACAUAGCUAAAACCUAAAGCUACGUUUAAGUUAAAAUAGUUACCUUAAGAUUUAAAGCCAUUCGUCAGGGUCUUUCGUUUUGAAAGGUACUGCUCCUAACGGGCACCCAGACAAUAACUUUGCACAGGCAUUUUCGCACUAAGUUACAUAGUUCACAUUGUACUUGAGGGUGCAAACGAACUCUGCAGAAUUUCCCUUGCACAUACGCAGUUAGAGGACGCAGCACUCUUGACUAUAUCCAUUAUUUCAGACAUCGGCAUCAAUGUCAUUGCCAACCUCCUAAAAGCUUCAGUAGCCUAGUCCUUUGCUUAUACCGAAAUCAAGACGUAGAAUGGCCGAAGAGCUGGUAACCAUCACUAAUGGGAUUGUGGUGUGACUUGUUCGGCUGGAGGGAAGGCUGUUAUUCUUGUAAAUAUCCACACAGACUCAGAUCGUGUUGAGUUUCUUUGAGCGGGGAUGAUCAGGAUCUUCCCGGAUUUCAGCGUUCAGGUGACGGCUGCGGCAGGUGGAGGAGCCGGGGGAAUGCCAGCGGGUCCCGCCGUGGGGAGAGUCACCGGUACCACAAACGGUAACCCUCAAAACGUCCAGGGGAUCACCUCGUAUCAACAAAGCGACCCCUACUGGGAGAGGCCAGCUAAUGCCAGCUCCUGUUCAGCUUCUAGGCCCAAGACACUCCACCUUGGAGGGCAACAACAUACCUCAUCACCAUGGUUGCAGGCUCUGAGGAAGGAGAAGUCCCGUGAUGCGGCGCGCUCGCGGCGAGGGAAGGAGAACUUCGAGUUCUAUGAGCUGGCCAAGAUGCUGCCACUCCCAGGUGCCAUCACCAGCCAGCUGGACAAGGCCUCCAUCAUCCGCCUCACCAUCAGCUACCUGAAGAUGAGGGACUUUGCCAACCAGGGGGACCCUCCGUGGAACCUGCGCAUAGAGGGCCCACCCCCCAACACCUCAGUAAAAGCUAUAGGGACUCAGCGCCGGAGGAGUCCUAGUGUGGUGGCAUCUGAGAUCUUUGAGCCACAUCUGGGGAGCCACAUCCUACAGUCCCUGGACGGAUUUGUAUUUGCACUAAACAAGGAGGGGAGGUUUCUGUACAUCUCGGAGACAGUGUCCAUAUACCUGGGCCUCUCACAGGUGGAGCUGACGGGCAGUAGCGUGUUUGACUAUGUCCACCCAGGUGACCACGUGGAGAUGGCUGAACAGCUGGGCAUGAAACUCCCGCCCGGCCGGGGCCUUCUCUCGCAGGGCACUGCCGAGGACGGUGCAAGCUCGGCCUCCUCAUCCUCACAAUCUGAAACCCCAGAGCCAGUGGAGUCCAACAGUCCCAGCCUGCUGGCUCCUGACAACGCUCUGGAGCGUUCAUUCUUCAUCCGCAUGAAGUCCACGCUGACCAAGAGGGGCGUUCACAUCAAGUCAUCUGGGUACAAGGUCAUCCACAUUACGGGAAGGCUUCGCAUCCGGAUGGCCCUGACUCACAGCCGAUCAGUACCCAACCAGAUCAUGGGAAUGGUGGUGGUUGCCCAUGCCCUCCCCCCGCCCACAAUCAAUGAGGUCCGCAUUGAUUGCCAGAUGUUUGUAACAAGGGUUAAUAUGGACCUGAACAUCGUCUACUGUGAGAACAGAAUCAGCGACUAUAUGGACCUAACACCAGUAGACAUCGUGGGGAAGAGAUGCUACCAGUUCAUUCAUGCAGAGGACGUGGAGGGCAUCCGCCACAGCCACUUGGACUUGAUGAACAAGGGCCAAUGUGUGACAAAAUACUACCGCUGGAUCCAGAAGAAUGGCGGCUACAUUUGGAUCCAGUCAAGUGCCACCAUCGCCAUUAAUGCCAAGAAUGCCAAUGAGAAGAACAUAAUCUGGGUCAACUAUGUGCUCAGCAACCCUGAGUACAAGGACACACCCAUGGACAUUGCCCAGCUCCCCAACCUCCCAGAGAAGACUUCCGAAUCCUCAGAGACCUCCGACUCUGAGUCUGACUCCAAAGAGAACUCUGAAGACAACGAGAAUUCCAAGUCUGACGGGAAGGGGAACCAGUCGGAGAACAGCGAGGACCCCGAGUCAGACAGCAAGAGGCAGCCAGGGCGACCGUCGGAGCAGGAGAUGAGGCGACAGGAGGAAGGCGACAGUUCCAGCAACCCGGAGAGCCAGGACAGCGAAGACAGCCUGGAGCCAUCCGACUGUGAGGGUGACAGCAAAGGGGGGCAGUUGGGCCGGCUGGGAGGCCUGCACAUCAAGGUGGAGCGCUACGGUGAGGGCGAGGGGGGGGAGCUGCAGGACUCGCCCUCCCUGUCAGAGGAUGAGGACGAUGACGAAGACAGUGCCAAGGACUCAGACAGCGCUGCCGAGCUGGUGGGCCCUACUGCCAGAAAACACCAGAGGCGCAAGAAAAGGAGGAAAAAACAGAAGGGCGUAGUCAGCCGUCGGCGCCGCCUCUCCUCAGCCUCUCCCAGCCCGGGUGCCCUGGACCCUGCCCUGGCUGAGCAGCCCCCCCUGUUGCCCGCGCCCUCCCCUGCCAGUGCCUCUGUGCUCAAGAUCAAGACAGAAAUGUCAGAGCCCAUCAACUUCGAUAACGACAGCAGCAUCUGGAACUACCCACCCAACAGGGAGAUUUCCAGGAACGAGUCCCCCUACAGCAUGACGAAACCCCCCACUGCUCCCGACCACUUCCCCUCCCCACAGGCCACCAGCCUACAAGUGUCCAUCCCAGACUCGGUCCUCACGCCCCCUGGGACGGAAGGCUCAGGCACCCGCAAGCCCACCUUCAGCAGCAGUGCUCCCUCCUCAGCCUCCAGUGCCACCAGUCUAGCCCCGCCCUCCACCUCCUCCUCCUCUGACCCCCUGUCCCCGCCCCUCUCCGCCUCCCCACGCGACAAGCAGCAGGGAACUCCAAGUACUUCCAGCUCUUUGCUGUACACCAGUGACCUGGAGGCCCUGCAGCGGCUCCAGGCCAGCAAUGUGGUGCUUCCACUGGUCCACCGGGUGACAGGCACCCUGGCGGCCACUAGCACCGCUGCCCAACGGGUCUAUACCACUGGCACCAUCCGCUACGCCCCCCGCCGAGUCACUCUGGCCAUGCAGGGCAACUUGCUGCCCAGCCAUGCCAGAACUUCGUGGACGUCAACAGCCCCGGUUUUCAGCAUCGACCCCAAGACCCCCAUGGAGAUGUUGUAUCACCAUGUCCACCGGCUCAACAUGUCCGGCCCUUUCGGGGGUGCCGUCAGUGGCGCCAGCCUCACCCAGAUGCCAGCUGGGAAUGUGUUCACUACAGCAGAGGGACUCUUUUCCACUCUUCCAUUCCCCGUCUACAGCAACGGGAUCCACACCACACAAACUCUGGAGCGCAAAGAAGAUUAAAGCAAAACACCAAGACCAUAUUACUGUGUUCAACUGUCAAAGACUCUUUGAGGCAUAAGACUGUGUUUCAAGUUGGGAAAAAAAUAAUUUUAGCACUUUGAAUUUGAGCUAGUGAGCUCAUGGUAUUGAAAUGAAUG